AUGCCGUCCGAACCAUCUGAACUCGAAAGUACCUUCUUCUCCCAUGUCACAGCCGCCAUUGAAACCGAUUUCUGGAGGCGCAGAAGCGAGCACCUUUGCUUUCAAGGCAAGGUUGCUCAACGAGAGCUCGAAAGGGAACAAGGGAUGGAGGAUCCGUUCCCCGACCUUGUUAAAGAGGCUGAACAGAAGACGCGUCGGUUUCAGCAUGAACAUAGCAUGGCCAGAAAGCAGGAAACCAUUUGCCAGGCGAAGACACAGGCAUCCGGAGGCAGCUUCAUACGACUCUUGUUAGAGAUCGUCAAUGCUAAGGAUGACCAAAUCAAGACUUUAACUGAUCAAGUUGGGGCUAUUCAAAAAGAACUGGAAGGUUUCCGCUCGCAACAAAUGGAGCAGGACGAGCGGUCGACACCCUGUAUGCAAGGGCCAGAGGAAUUCCAAAGCCAGCAAUUGUCGGUAGACCAGCGUCUCAAGAUAUUCGACGAUAAACUGAACGAUAUGGACUCCAAACUGCAAACGCAUGAUAAGAAACACACGGAAGCAGAUCGAAGCAUCCGAGACCUCGAAAACACGCAGUCUCAACACCGUGCCGACCUUGAUGGUAUCAAAGCAUCCUCUGAGACACUGAGGACCAACCAGAACACCCUGCAGGACUCAAUGAAUAGUCUACAACAGAGUUCAACAUCCAUGGGUGGGCGCAUCGAAGAACUGGCAACUAUACCGGCAGCGUUAGCAAGGGUGAACGAAGAAGAGAUCCCGGAGGUCCAAACACAGUUGAAGGUAAUACAGAAGCAGGUCUUAGACCAGACUGAACGAACUCGUCAGAGUCUCCAUGUCAAACUCGAGGCCAUGCGAGAAGAGUGGAAAACGAAAUAUGGGAAGUUCCAUCCACAGCCCGAGUCGCUCUCUUCUACGAUCGAGCAAGUUCUCGUAACGAAAUGUGAUGGUCUAGGGUCAGACCUGGAGUCGCUCUCUCGUCGGAUUUCAACGCUCGAGGGAGCUGUCAAAACAUCUGAUGCUGCCACCGCCGCCGACCACGAACGAAUCGAGACCGUUCAAAAGGAGAUCACUUCUUUGGCGAAAGAAGUCAAUAAAAGUUCCAAUCAAAUGACACAGUCGGUCGAGGGUCUGUCCAAGGAGUUGACAUCGACGAAGACAAGGCUGGACGAUUUGACAGCAAUCCUGGCCGAGUUUGAUCCUACAGGGUCCAGUGAAAAAUUGAAGUCGUUGGACGCGCGAUUUGGAGAACUAUCAGCGCUUAAAGCAACCACAGCUGGACUGGAUACCACAGGAAUGGCCGAUGACGUGAAAAACCUGCGGAGGCAACUGGCCGAACAGGCGAACAAGCAACAAGACCUGGCAGAUUCCCUCGGUCAAGAGAUACAAUCACUGAACGAUCGGUUGCCCAAGGCCGACAUGGGUGACCAUGACCCAGCUAACAUGGCGGGAUGGGGACGGGUUGAGCUUAAAACCCUUAAAGCAGAACUUAAAGCAGAAGUGGCAGGUCUACGUGCAGGGUGUGAGUCGAGGAAUCGAGAUGGUGCCGAUCAAUCUGCCAAGCUCGACGAGCGGAUUAAUCGGUUACAGAUAUCCCAGGACAAGCUCGCGUAUUUACAUGGCCUCCUGAAAAAACGCCAUGAAAGUCUCUCGCAACAUUUAACAUUUAUUGGGGUGGGCCCUGCCGGCAAACCUGUUCUUGAAUACAACAAGAAGCAGCUCGAUGCCUUGAUUGAGCAAGCGAUGAAAAUUCCUGUCAAACAAGACGUUGAGAAUUUAUAUUCUAUGUGUGAGAAUCUGGCGAAAAAAGUUCAAAAUGUGGCCACCUCGAUUGGUCGAGUCGAAACAGACCUGGCGACCUGCCAAGACUUGGUCAACAGGAAUGUUGGUGCUUCGCAGCGGGUUGAGGAUGAGACCACCCCUGCGGCGCUCCAAAUCUCAGGGGCUGACGAUGACGACGGGGAGCCACCCAGCUCUACGUUGAAGAAGCAAUCGCCUGGUGGUGAAACUCGUCCGCCUACAAGGAGCUUAAAACGCAAGCGCGCACAGAGAAAAGACUCGUUUACCAACCCCGAGGGUGAUACCGAUGACGAGCCUCUUGAACCCCGCAGGCGAAAAUCUCGACGUUAG